AUGGCGCCCCGGUCCCGCUCCCCUAACGGCUCCGCUCCCCGCGGCUGUGCCCGGGCUUGGCUGCGUGCUUGGCGGCAACGCCGUCCGCACCACCCCGCGUCUCCCCCGGCAGCCGCGCCCCUGCCCAGGGGGACCGCACCCUCGGUGGCCAUGCAACGGCGAGAUGUGCUCCGGCCACGAGGCAUCAGGUAUGGAGCUGACAGGAAGCCUCCAAAGAAAAUAGGAAAGAAAGAGGAGCAGCUAGAACCUGGAGCAGCCGGUGUUUACAUAAUGGAAGACAGGAGUGUUUUAAUGGAACGGUAUGAAAUUGGGAGACUCUUAGGGCAAGGGACCUUUGCAAAGGUAUAUUAUGCCCGUAAUCUUGCUACUGGUCAGACCGUUGCCAUAAAAAUGAUCGAUAAGGACAAGAUUGUGAAGACUGGUCUCACGGACCAGAUAAAGAGGGAGAUAUCGAUAAUGAGGAUGGUAAGGCAUCCGAACGUUCUGCAGCUUUUCGAGGUAAUGGCUACCAAGAACAAGAUUUACUUUGUUCUGGAGUAUGCCAAAGGUGGUGAGCUUUUCAACAAGAUAGCGAAGGGUAAGCUUACCGAGGAGGCUGCAAGGAAGUAUUUUCAACAGUUGAUCAGUGCUGUUGACUAUUGCCAUAGCCGAGGUGUUUAUCAUCGUGACUUGAAGCCUGAGAACCUGCUGCUGGAUGAGAAUGAAACCCUCAAGGUCUCUGAUUUUGGUUUAAGUGCCUUAGCUGAGUCGAAGAGACAAGAUGGUCUACUCCACACUGCAUGUGGUACUCCGGCUUAUGUUGCUCCUGAAGUGCUCAGCAGGAAAGGCUACAGUGGUGCAAAGGCAGAUGUGUGGUCUUGCGGAGUAAUUUUGUUUGUGCUUGUGGCCAAUUAUCUUCCUUUCCAUGAUAAAAAUCUCAUAGAGAUGUAUAAGAAAAUUUCAAAAGCCGAGUACAGAUGUCCUCGUUAUUUUUCUGUGGCGUUGAAGGAGCUCCUUCAUGGAAUCCUUGAUCCAGAUCCCAAUAUCAGGAUGUCCACCUCAAGGAUAAAGAAAAGUCCUUGGUACAGGAAGCCCAUUGGGAUGGCAGCACUGAAAAAUGUAACUUCUGACAAGACCUUUGGCUUGACGGGUGAUGUUGAUUCCGAGAAAAAUCAAGCAUCAUUGAGCCUGACAAACUUGAAUGCAUUCGACAUCAUUUCCCUCUCUACAGGACUUGAUCUAUCCGCCUUAUUUGAUGAGAAACAUGGCCAAAGGGAGGCACGAUUUACUUCCAAGGAGUCAGCAGCAGCUGUCUUUGCGACGCUGAAUGAACUGGCCAGACGUUUGAAGAUUAAAUUUACAAAGAAAGACAAUGGUGUGUUGAAUUUGGCCACAACCAAGGAAGGAAGAAAGGGCAUGCUUGAGCUUGAUGCUGAGAUAUUUGAGAUUGCUCCUUCUUUCCUACUAGUCGAGUUAAAGAAGACCAAUGGUGACACAUUGGAGUACCAGAAGAUGAUGAAAGAUGACAUUAGGCCAUCACUUAAGAAUAUUGUUUGGGCAUGGCAAGGUGAUCAGCAACAGACACGUAUACUUAGACAAGCAGAACAGCAGCAGCAGUCGCCACUUCCACCACUGUCACCAUUUCCACCACAGCAGUCGUAG